CUUCCCAAGUUGGCAAGCUUGCUGAGGUUUAUGCAAUGAAAAAGUCACUUGAAGAUGCAUUAUCAGAAGCUGAGAAUAAGAUUUCUACUCUUAUGAAUGAGAAAGAAGAUGCUCAACUUAGUAGAGCUGCUGCAGAGACAGAGCUGGAAAAAGCAAAAGAGGAAGUUUCUAUUCAGUCUGCCAAACUUUCAGAGGCCUUCAGAACUGUAAAAUCACUUGCAGAUGCAAUGUCUCAGGUGGAGACAAAUGUUUCUUUGCUUUCUGAGGAAAAUAAUAACAUUAAGGUUGGUAGAAAUAAUUUGGAGAGUGCAAUGAAGCAGCUGAAAGAAGAAGCCGAUUCCCAGGCUAGCAAGCUGGCAGAUGCCAACUCAACAAUAAAAUCACUGGAAGAAGCAUUGUUGAAGGCAGAGAAUAACAUAUCUGAACUUGUUGGUGAAAAGAAAAAUACUUAAGAGGAGAUAUCAGCACUUAAUUCCAAGGUAAA